CGCGCCCGGGCUUCACUUCGUGGUGCUUCACGGCCGUGUGGACAUCCAACACCCUUCCUCCUUCUCUGUCCUCUGCACACCUCCUUCUCCUCCUAUUUUCUCCCGUCGGGUGCUGAUGCCCAUCACCAACCAUCACACACCACACAGUCAACACCUUCCACCUCCCACCCUACCUCCUUGCCUGCCUCUCUCUUGGCUGGUUGGGCUGGCCUCUAGCUCAGUUGCUGUUCUGAUGGUGGUGGAGCUAGCUGCUCGCGUACACCAGUGUUCAUUAAACAACACGUUCCGUUUUCCUUUACACACGUUUUACACAAAGUCGUAACAAAAACCUUUUCACUCAACGACAGUUUUCUUUUUUUUUGUGUGUUGAGACAUUUUUCUAUCGAUUUCAAGAAUGGGUUUGUCGUCGGUUGACUUGUACAUUGACUGAAAGGUUUGCCUCGUGGCGAGCAAACGUUGAUCCUAGGCGGCUAUCUUUUUAGAGUUCUCUACAAUUUGGUGGUAGUGCCAUUAAGUGAUUGGAGGUGCAUCGUGAACUAGUGAACUGUUUUCUCACGAAUUGAAUUUUUUAGUCUUCAAAAAAUAAAAAAAGUGCUGGUGAUUUUACCCCCCCCCCAAAAAAAGUGCUCAAUUUUUCGUGUGUGUGUGUUUUGCGAAAAGUGGUGUCUUGAGUAAAAAUAAAAAAAAAAUUGUGUAGGAUCGAUCAACUGCCGUGACUAUUGCGACCCAAAAGAAGAAGGCGAAAAGCAGCACGCUGCAUAGCCUCGCGCUCCAAAUGCGUUUCGAACAGGGCGAGCAAGUCAAUCAGCUGUUCUCGCAAUCCGAGAUGGCUUUCCAUCCGUUCCUGUUGCAGCAACAACAGCAUCAUCAUCAUCACCUUUCGCAUCAGACGACUGGCGGCAGUGCAGGCAAUGGAAGCAGCGGCGGUAGUGGUGGCACUAGUGGUCGACCUUCCGAUUUUAGCGUCAGUUCUCUGUUGACGGCGUCUCAACAACAGCAUCACCAGUUUAAUAGUGCCGAUCGAAACAACGCACUCACCUCACCUCCUUCCAGCAAUUCCGUUCAAUCAGCAGCCGUGGCCGCCUUGGCCGCAGCUGCGGCUGCUCACGCCGCGAUGCGAGCUCAUUCGCCCCCGUCGGCUGUCGGUUCAAACAACAACAACAAUAAUAGCGCUAAUUCUUCAUCGUCAUCGGCUGCUGUGGCGUCCAGUUCUCCCGCUGGAUCGGGAGCUAUAGGCCCGUCUUCAAUUCCCAAUCCGGUUAGCGUUAGCAUGGCUCAAUUGUCGGCCUACAAUGCGGCAACGUCGUCCCUUUUAGCCGCCCAUCCGGCCUCGGUCCGUUUCCCACAUCCUUACACGACGGCCGAAGACGUGCUCGCCUCGGCGGCUGCAGCCGCUGCUGCCGCCGCCCAACAUCUUCGACCGCUGCGCACUUUGCCGGCGGUGGAAGACGACGGUGUUACCGACGAUCCCAAAGUCAGCCUCGAAUCGAAAGAUUUGUGGGAAAAGUUUCACGGACUGGGCACCGAAAUGGUCAUCACCAAAUCUGGCAGGCAAAUGUUUCCGCAAAUGAAAUUCCGCGUGUCUGGACUCGAUCCGAAAUCCAAGUACAUUCUGUUGCUGGACAUUGUGGCCGCAGACGACUACCGAUACAAAUUCCACAACAGUCGUUGGAUGGUGGCCGGCAAAGCCGAUCCCGAAAUGCCCAAGCGAAUGUACAUCCAUCCCGACAGUCCAGCAACGGGCGAGCAAUGGAUGCAAAAAGUCGUUUCCUUCCACAAACUGAAAUUGACCAACAACAUCUCGGACAAGCACGGCUUCCAGACGAUAUUGAAUUCGAUGCACAAGUACCAGCCGCGAUUUCAUCUGGUGCGAGCCAACGACAUCCUCAAGUUGCCCUACAGCACGUUUCGCACCUACGUCUUCAAGGAGACGGAAUUCAUCGCCGUCACGGCUUAUCAAAAUGAAAAGAUCACGCAAUUGAAAAUCGAUAACAACCCGUUCGCCAAAGGAUUCCGCGAUACGGGAGCAGGGAAGCGUGAAAAAAACAGGCAGGCCAUGUUGGCAGCAUCUCAACGGCAUCACGACGAUCCCUCAUCGCACAAGCAUCAUCACCAUCAUUCGUCUAGUGGCGGAGGUGUAGGUGUAGGCAGUACGGGUCUGCACGGACAUCAUCACGUCGGCCAUCACGGCCAUCACCACGGACACCACCACGCGCAUCACCUUGCCGUCCUCGGUGGCGGCGUUCACGGUCACGGCACGGGCGGCGGUGUGUCCAUGUCUUGCUCCCCGGCUCCCGAUUCCAGUCAAGAUGGCGUUCACGAUUUGGACGAUGAGAAGCUGGACGUUGUCGGCACUAGCGACGGACGAGACGGCGCAUCUCCCCUUCACAUCUCUGACGAUGCCAGCAUGUCGGAGGAUCUGAGCCGGACGGGUACGCCUUCGCAUCAUCACGGCGAUUCGGAUUCGGACGGCAACAACGACCACCACCACCAACAUCAGCCGUCGUCUUUGCAUCAUCAACUACACAACCAUCACCUCAACAGUCUUCAUCCGCACCACAAUCAGAGCCUGCAGCAUCACUUGCUCGUCCAGCAACAGAUGCAACAAAUGCAGAGGAAUCGAGAAAAUCAUUUGAAUCAAAGAGUGUCGUCGGCCGGAGCCACGAUCGGCGGAGGCCAACAGCAGCAACAACAACACGGCGCCGCCAGUGGUGGCAACGCUGCCGGAGGACCGGGUUCCAUGUUGUCUCCGGGCUCGGCUGCUGCCGCAGCUGCGGCCGCCGCCGCCGCCGCUGCCCAGCAAAUCCAUUCGGCGUUGGCUUCGUCGGGAGGCGCGGGCGGUUUGCUCUCGUCCGUCCAUCCGAGCACGGUCAGUUUGGGACCGCCACUACCUCCACCACCUCAUUUGCUACCCUACCUCUAUCCGGGUGCUGGAUUGUAUCCGGGAGGUCCUUCUCUGCAUCAGCUGAGUCAGUUCCUCAAUCACGCUCACGGCCACGGCCUCAAUCACGGACCUCACGGUCCGUCUGGUCCGUCUGGUCACGCCAUGGCCGGCCUGGCGGCCGCCGCCGCGUCUGCGCACAUGGGCGCGCACAUGGCCGGCCACAAUUUGCUGCUGAACGCCCAGUUAGCCCUUGCCGCCCAGCAUCAACUCUUCCAUCCGCACGCCUAUCAGAAUCUGUCGGCUGCCAUUGCGGCUCAUUCGGCCGCCACCAACGCCGGAGCUGCGGCGGCAGCCGGACAAGUUCCAACGUCACUCCCAUCGACAGGCGUCGGCCAUCCUUUGUCCCAGCCUCCUUCUCUUCCGUUGGCGCCGAUUCCAGCAGUCACCACUCCCCUGUCGACGACGCCUCCUUCCACUGGCGGAGGAGGAGAGAGCGGCCAACGUCUCAGAGGUCAGCACCGUUUCGCUCCCUACAGUUUACAGCUGGGCAGCAGUAGUAGUACAAGUCCACCGGCCGGACACAAAUCGCACGUCGCGUUGUCGUUGGGCUCGUCCGCUUUCGAGGCGGUCAGUCCGAAAGGAUCCAGUCCUAAAGGAUCACCUCCGCCGCAUCAUCACCGGUCGCCGUCUCCUACACCGUCGUCCGUCUCCAGCACGGUGAGCAGCGCAGCCAGCAACGCCGCAUCGGCUAGCGAUCUAAAGAACAUGGAGAAAAUGAUUAACGGCUUGGAAAUGGCCAAGGGGAUGAUUGCCGCCGGUGCUGAAUCCAACGGAUCCAUCGACAGUUGCGAUCCCAAGUAGUUUGACUUUUUUUUUUUUUUUUUUUUUUUAAUCCACUCCCCCAAUUUAUUAUUAUUAUUUUUUUUUAUCGUCUCGUCACAUCACAAUUUUUUAUAAUUAUAGUUUAUAUAUAUAUUAUCUCUCUCCCUUUUUUCCCCUCAUUCAUCAUUUUUUUUGGUUUUAUUAUUGAACUUGAUCUUGUUGAAUUCUAUGGCAACUCCCUCUCUCUCUCUCUCUCUGUGUGUGUGUAUGUAUACAUUUGUUUUUCCGCGCAUGUCUUUUCUUCAAUGGCACAAUUCCAAACCACUAGCGCAUCUGGCAAGGACUUUUUUUUUAUUAUUUUAAAUGAAUGUGAAUAUAAUAGUUGAAAGAAUUUCGAACAAAUCAUUCUUGGUUAGGGUUACACACACACACACACACACACACGCGAGAAAAACAGAAACAUCUUCGAAACCAAAGAGAAAAAAAAAAUAACGUGUGGUCUUAAUAAUUAUUUUCAUCUGGUCCCUCCCCGAUUCCACGACGUUUCAUCUCUCAUGUGUAUGCUUGUAAUCACGUGCGUGUGUUGAGAAUUUCUGUUGCUGCAAUUUUCAAAUAAGAGAGAAAGAAAAAUUGUAGAAAAGUACACGUACACACAACCUCCCUCCGAUCACACUGCUCUGCCUACCUGCCUCCUCGUCUAGUAACAUACCCGGGUACGAAAACAUAAUUUGCAUAAUUUAAAAUUUGUCUACACACAAUUUUUCAUCGCUGUUUUUAUUUGGGUCGUAUAGAUGAGUGUUUUUUUCUAUACGAGCGACAUUCAUUUUGUGCAAAUGUGAUCCCCCCCCCUAAAAUCCGUUCGUGUGCCAAUGAGUUUGACAUUUUCACACACAUUUCUUCUUUCCUUGACUCCUACACACACGUCCGUAUGUUUUUUUAUUUGCGUGCUAUCAUUAUGAUAUAGGCCUAUACGUAUGUCAUGUCAAACUAUUAUAUAUACGGUUGUUCUCUUUGCGUUUCGAGUCUUCAUUUUUAUUGUUGUUGUUGUUGUUGUUGUCGGCCGAACGUUGGGAGUGAUUCCGUUUGUGCGCUUCUUCUCAUUUUUGGCAAACUGUCCUCUCUCUUAAAGUUCUAGUAAAACACACAUACAUAUUGAAUAUAUAUACAUAUAUAUGUACGUGUGUGUGCUGCUCCUGUGUAUCUAAUAAAUGUACAUGUUGAUAUAUAUAUAUAUUAAGUCCGUGUGUAUGCUGCGUGAAGUUGCGUACGUUCCGUCAGGUCCGGCGGAAGAGAACAAACACAAAGAAAAUCGGUGAAAACUUAAAAAAAAAAAAUUCUAAAAAAAAUCACGGGGCGGUUUGACAGUGGCGUACAUUUUUUUUUGGUGGGGGAGGGGUAUGCGCGUGUCCUGUGACAACAUUUCAGUGCGUUCAAUUUCGUCGUGUAUUCAUCCCGUGGACCCUCCUUUAUAUUCUUUUGAAAUUUUGUGGUCAUUUUUUGUGUGUGUGUGUGUGUGAAUUUCAUUGUCCGACUAUUGGUUCUCUGAUCCCUCCCUAGCCGCUAUACAAAUGGAUGAUUAUUGCCGUUAUUUAGCCGACGAAUUGCACUUAUUGUACAACACGGUUUGGAUGAUGAUAUGAUGACACGCCCUUUAUAUACAAAACGUAGCGCGCGCAGCCACACACACAGACAUCUAUUAUUUUCGUGUUCCGUUUGUUUGUUUUCCGUUUUUUUUUUUUUGUUCAUUUGAAAUUUCUUUGUAUUUUAAACUCAAAAAAAAAAAAGAAAAGAAAAAAAAAAAACAAGAACAACAACUAUACAUCUAUAUGGGUUCCUGGUUCCUUUUCGAUGUGUAACAAAGUCAAAGUAUCAGUUUUGUAAUUGAGCAAUACAGCUUUGUUAUGUGCGUUAAAA